AUGGUGGAAAAGAAGAAGAAGAAGAACAGCAGCGACGAAGACGAAGACGAAACCUUCUACUACCGAUACGCCUCAGCCCCGGAGACUCGAAAACCCGCAACCAAGCAGAGCGGGUCGGGCUCAGGAACCCUAGCUCCAUCAAAAUCGACCCUUUACGUCUCAAACCUCGACUAUUCUCUCACCAACUCGGACCUCCACACCCUCUUCUCCCACUUCGGCAAGAUCGCCCGAGUCACGGUCCUCAAAAACCGCGAGACCCGCCAGAGCCGCGGCGUCGCCUUCGUCCAGUUCGUCUCGCGCACCGACGCGGUCUCGGCGGCGGGUGAGAUGCACGGGAAGAUUCUCAACGGCCGGAAGCUCUCCGCCUCCAUCGCCUCCGACAACGGCCGAGCCGCCGAGUUCAUUAAGAAGAGGGAGUACAAGGACAAGAGCCGGUGCUACGAGUGCGGUGAAGAAGGGCAUUUGUCGUACGAGUGUCCGAAGAACCAGCUGGGACCCAGGGAGCGGCCGCCGCCGAAGCGAGUGAGGAGAGGUGGCGGCGGUGGUGGUGGAAGUGCGGCAGCGCGUGUGGAAGAGGCCGAGGGGGACAGUGGAGGUGAGAGGUUUGAGGAUGAUAAUUGGGCGUCUGUGGUGGAUAGUGGAGCCGACCAGAGGUUGCUGGUGGGGGAGGAGUUGGAGGAGAAGAAGAGGAAAAAGGGUGUGAAGAAAGCUAGUUACUUUAGUGAUGAGAGUGACAAUGAUGAUGAAGAUGGGUGA